UCGACGGCAGUAUUUCGUGGCCGGUAGCUAAAAGCUACGGUAGCAUUAAUCUUUUUCGUUGCAACAAACGGCUUCUAGAGGCCAAUGAUGGCGUUUCGGGCCAAUACAGUAGCUAUUUUUAUGCUGCUCUUGGUUCGUUUGCAGGCAGCUCUGUGGUCCAUCAUUUCUGAUUGCGACGAAACAUACAACUACUGGGAACCGUUGCAUUACCUAUGGAAAGGCAGAGGUUUUCAAACGUGGGAAUAUAGUCCGGAAUUUGGCCUCCGCUCGUACAGCUACUUGUGGCUACACGCAUUGCCUGCUACGAUACUGGGCUUUUGGGUGGAAAAUGGUGUGGUCAUUUUCUACUUUCUACGCUGUCUGCUUGCUUUAGUUUGUGCCACGUUGGAAUAUCGAUUCUACAAGACCAUAAAACAAAAAUGUGGUGCCAGCGUAGGCAACAUGUUUUUAUGUUUCCAGCUGAUUUGUCCAGGGAUGUUUAUCUCCAGUGCUGCCUUGUUGCCAAGCAGCUUCGCUAUGUAUGUCACCAUAGCAACCAUGACGGCUUGGAUGAAUGGUGAUGUGAAAACAGUCAUUGCUAUCACAGCAUUUUCUGGCCUGAUUGGAUGGCCAUUCGCCGUCAUCGUUAGCAUACCUUUUGUAUUGGAACUGCUAGUAAAGGAUAAAAAGCUGGGAUUUUUCAUGAAAAACGCAAUAUUUUUCGGUCUGCUAUUUGCCAUACCGAUCGUGUUGAUCGAUAGUGCCUACUUCGGCCGCCUUACAAUGGCAGCAUUGAACAUUGUCCGAUAUAACGUUUUCACCUCACAUGGACCAGAUCUGUACGGAGUCGAACCUGCGUCAUUUUAUUUCAAAAACCUAUUUUUGAACCAUAACGUUGCCUUUUUCUUGGCUCUAUUGUAUCCUGUGGGGGUCCUGAUAAGCAAGGCAUUUGGAAUGAAAUCAGCAAAAAGCAGACUAUCCCACACGGGUGCACUAUGGAAGCUCUCGCCAUUAUUUCUGUGGCUAGCGGUGUUUGUUGUUCAGCCUCAUAAGGAAGAGAGGUUUGUUUUUCCGGUCUACCCGCUAUUUUCCAUGGGUAGCGCUUUUUUUCUGGACAUAGUUUUCAACACCUUCGACCGCUACAGAAGAGUGAAAAUGAUUUUAAGCCUGAAACGCAUGCUUUCGUUGGCCGUUAUAGUGACAGCGCUACUACUUAGUUUGUCGCGCAUUAUUGCAGUGUGCAUUAAUUAUCGUGCUCCUAUGAUAAUACUCAAUGGACUAGAACAAACGAAACACGAUGUUAACUUGUGCUAUGGUAAGGAAUGGUAUCGCUUUCCGGGAAGCUUUUUCGUUCCUGACAACUACCGUGUUCGUUUUAUUCCGUCCAGCUUCACUGGCAUGUUGCCAGCCUACUAUUCGGAAACGGAAAAUGGUACUAAAUUAGUACAUAAUUACUUUAACGAUUUGAAUGUUGGUAAUUCCCACAUGCUCUUUCCAUUGGACCGCUGUGACUUUCUUGUCGAUUUGGAUACGGGAGAAAACUACGACUCACGCGAUCCCGAACCAAACUAUUCUGCCGAUGGCGUACAGUGGGCCGUCAUAAAAAGUGUGGACUUUGUUAUUGCUUCGAGAACCAACACUUUCGCGCGAGCAUUUUACGCACCAUUUUUCUCAAGUCGGUACAGAGUGAUGGGUAAAUAUAAUUUGUUGAAAAGGAAAAAAAUAAAACAUGUGAUUUGAUCUGC